GCUAGGGUGCUAAGAUAACACGAAUCAAGAUUAACAGUAAAGAGUAAGAGUAAAUAACACCCCGGGUCAUUGAUCGAUUAAUACUUAAUACAAAUAAUAAAUAAUAAAUUGUAAGAUAGUAAAUUAAAGAUAAAAGCAAUCAUGGCUGCACCGGGUGCUGGGGGCAGCGGAACACCGACGGCAACGAACAAGCGGCAAUCAGCGACAGCGAAUGUCUUGCACGGUAUUGGCGGCUCAAUAGAAGAUAAAAACAACGACUACUUGUGUCCAAUAUGCUUUGAAGUUAUCGAGGAGGCCCACAUAACGCGGUGUGGCCAUACUUUCUGCUACAAGUGCAUCGGAAAAACCCUCGAGACAAUUGGGCGUUGCCCGAAAUGCAGCUUCACGCUCACGCAGCAAGACAUAUUUCCGAACUUUCUUCUCAACGAGCUGAUCUCCAAGUACAAGACCAAAGUUCGCGGCCUUGGGGACGUCGGAUGCCUGCACGGAGACAAGCGUCGCGGUAGCGCAAGCGAGCUGCCAAUUUGCGACGGACUCAGAGACUUCGUAGCUGCGGAAAGUGCUAAUCUAACUUUGCCAGACGUAAAUGUCAUGUUGGAGGUCUUGACACAGCAAAAGCACUUGCUGGAAGCCGAGUCGUGUGCCGCGCAGAACAAACUGCUCCACGAGUUUCUCAAACACUUGCUCAAGCAGAAAGAGGAGCAGAGGAACCAGCUGCAAAAAGAGGUCGCUUUAAUUCAGCACGACAUGCUGGAGGUCGAAAGUAUUUUAAGAGAUGUCCAAAGCAAGUGUCCUCGAGUUGAGGAUAUCAAAUCUUCUGCUGGAGAGAAUGAAACUGCCCAAAUGUCUGCGAUACGCAAAGAAAUGAUUGACUUGCUUGAUAUUAUAGAUUCUAACAUGGUGAAGCCGGAGACUGGGAACGUCAGUGCUGAUGAGAAGCAGUACGCCUCAGCAGUAUCAACUCUUGCUGCCAGGAGGAAGAGGAUGUACGCUCAUUUCGACGACUUUGUGUCCUGCUACUUCGAAGCUCGAGCUAAAGACCUUCUGCUAGGUUCUCAGAAGCUCACCGCGAUUGACACUGUUCAUGGGAUGAGCUCCGGGCUGGAUGUUUUCAGAGAGAAUCUGAUUAAAUUUUCUCGGUACAGUGCAUUGAGACCCCUGGCGACGCUGAAUUACUCCUCAGACAUCUUCAAUAACUCGACGAUAGUCUCGAGCAUUGAGUUUGACAAAGACAACGAAUUUUUCGCUAUUGCUGGCGUAACCAAGCGCAUAAAAGUAUUCGAAUUCGGGUCUGUAGUCCGCGACUCGGUGGACAUUCACUAUCCUUGCGUGGAGAUGAUCUCCAGUUCGAAAAUUUCUUGCGUUUCUUGGAAUUCUUACCACAAAGGAAUGCUGGCCUCGUCGGACUACGAGGGCACAGUGACGGUCUGGGACGCGACCACUGGUCAGAGAAUAAAAGCCUUUCAGGAGCACGAGAAGCGGUGCUGGUCCGUGGACUUUAAUGACGUAGACACGCGGCUGAUCGCCUCGGGGUCCGACGACGCGCGCGUGAAGCUCUGGUCUCUUAAUAUUGAUCACUCGGUAGCUUCUUUGGAGGCCAAGGCGAAUGUAUGCUGCGUUAAAUUCAACCCUAGGAGCUCUUGUCACCUGGCUUUUGGGUCUGCUGAUCACUGUGUGCAUUAUUACGACCUGAGGAACCUCAAAGAGGCACUCUGCGUCUUCAAAGGACACCGCAAAGCUGUUUCGUAUGUUAAAUUUAUCAACAAAGAAGAGAUUGUGUCGGCUAGCACGGACUCACAGCUUAAGGUAUGGAACAUCAAUAAUCCUCACUGCUUGAGGUCCUUCGUUGGGCAUAUCAAUGAGAAGAAUUUCGUCGGGCUUGCUACUGAUGGUGAUUAUGUAGCAUGUGGAUCUGAAAACAACGCGCUCUAUGUUUACUAUAAAGGACUGACCAAACAAUUGUUCUCCUACAAAUUUGAUCCAGUGAGAAGUGUCCUCGAGAUGCAGGAGAGGCGUGAAGAGGAGUCAAAUGAAUUUGUUUCCGCGGUUUGCUGGAGGCAAAACUCAAACGUCGUUGUAGCUGCUAAUUCUCAAGGGAUUAUUAAAAUUCUUGAGCUUGUUUAAUUUAUCGCACGCCUCGUAAUAAGAUAUGUUUUAAUAUUCA